AUGAGAAGAACUCGUGUGCAUGAGGAGCCUAAGUUAGCUUCUGAUGUGCCCAUUUCCAAGGGUUUCUCCACAGCUAAUAAACUCACCAUAUGGCAAAAAUCCUUGCUGUUUAAUGGACGGGGCUACACAGUCUAUGAUAAUUCAACAGGUGAACUGAUUUUCCGGGUUGAUAAUUAUGCCUCUGAUUGGAGGGUGGAAAUGUUCCUAAUGGACUCAACUGGGAAUGUGUUGUUUACCAUCAAACGAUCUCGAAAGAAGCUUAGCUUCUUGGAGAGAUGGGAAGUGUUCAGAGGUGAGGUUAAGGACCAGGGAAAGCCAUUCAUCAAGGCAACAAAGGCCUUUGGGGUUGCUAGCUGUAAAGUGUCUUCGGCCGCCGGAGAUGAGUAUGAAAUGAGAUGGUCAGCCCAGGAGGGUUGGUCAAGGAUCUACCAGAUGCCGGCCGGCACAUUAUUAGUUGCCGAGGUCAAUAGGAAGCUGGGAAAAGCUACUCCAGGAUUUUUGCUAGGGAAAGAUGUAUAUAGUUUGAGUGUGUAUCCGGGGAUGGAUCAAUCCACAGCAAUGGCAUUGGUGAUGAUAAAUGAUGCGAUGAGAUGAUCUCUGAAAUGGGCUAUCAUGCAAUAAAACUAAAGGGUGUGGCCUAAUUGGAGGAGUCAUAGCCUGGGGCAGUGAAGAUUUUGAUUCAUUGUAUCAAAAUCUUUGUUCAUGCUCGCUAUGGAGGGAGGCUUCUUCUGAGAGUACUUCUUACCUGAAUGCAGAAGGGUCAAUCCAAACUAAUUAUGGUCCAAGCUAAUGGAUCAGAUUUUCAGCACCAGAUGAAAUGCUUUGAAUGUAGGUA